CUUCCUCAUUCAAAAUCUUUCAUGGUAUAAAACCGAAUAAGAACAGAAUCAAGGUCAUUCAAUCUGUUCAUAUCAGUUGAAGCCAAACUUCAAAACUCGGUUGACCCGAAAAUCCUGCUACAAGCUGAAUCAGGGAAAAACUGCAUCGCAUCAUAACCACAUAAAAAGUCUCCGGCGAAAUGAAACUAUGAUGGAUAGAACAUCUCUGGCAAGUCUACCAGAUGAUAUUGUUCUCGAUAUUGUCGAGCAUCUCGACACAGCUCGUGACGUAGCUCACGUCUCAGCCUUGACAAAGCAUCUCCAAAGUCUCAUACGCCAAGAUGGCUGGCGUACUUUCGUCAAGACCCGAUUUCCCUCCCUGCAAAUAGAUACAAAUUCAGAGACUCGCUGGAGUUCUAUUGCAAAUCGCGCAGCCUACCUGGAUCGCUGUUGGGAGAAGCGCGGUUUCUGGGUCAAUGUGUUGUAUGAAAAGAAGAAUCAGCCAGAGAGGUUCCAGCGUCGAGUUGCUGGAAGCCAGUCAGUGCUGUUCCAUUCUGUUCUCGAUGCGCGACUUAUGUCGUCGCUGAAGAAUGAGGUUAUUGCUGCGGGCGUGGGCGAGAAUCUCAUGGUUCGCAUAAAACCUGUUGAUGGACAGCAGGAUACCUGGCAUCAGGUCGGUGGCCAUGAUUAUGGAUAUCGGGCUGGUACUGGAGAUGUAACAGCAGUGUCGGUCAUAGAGAAUUACGGGAUACCCAAUAUUGUUGUCGGGAGGGCCAAUGGGGAUAUCAGCAUACACUCUGGCGAGGACGAGUUUGCAACAGUCGCAAGACACUUGAACCCAGCAGACGAGGCACUUCUGAACCAUGCUUCCGAUCCCAUGAGGAAAUCCCCAGGCCAAGUGGCAGUCUCAUCAUUGCAGUGGCAUCCCGAGACGAAUCUCCUGGCAAGCGGGAAAGGCUCGGUGCUGACUCUCUACAAUCUCAGUAUGUCAGAUGACCGAGUACUGAGCCCUAUGGAUUACCAUGAAUUCUCCAGCAGCAGUCCCGCAGAUGAGGCGUCACUCCUGCGCAGUACCAAGUUCAUAAGCAAAGAUAUCAUGGCUUGCGCUCUAGGCGGAACUCGAAAUCCUCUGCGUUGGGGACAGCUCACACCGACGGGCUUACAAUUCUUCAACUCUCCUAGUAACUCCAGGCACAUAUCCGAACACCUUCAUCACAAGACGCAGUAUACCGUGAUCGCUUUCAACCCUACCAAGCAGCCAUAUCAUCACACAACUGCUCUUCCAUGCUCGCCACAAUGGCCCUUUCCCAGCCAGAAGGAUGAUCACAUUAUGAAGCAAGGAUGGGCGCCAGAGCAUCAACCGCAGAAAUGCGAUUCUCAAAACGGGGUGUUGUGUUACUGGCAUGGAGCUUCAAGACGAAACUACUGGCGUCCUGACGCUACCAUUCAUAUUGGUAGUCCCACAUACGACAGGAUCUAUUGUCUGACCAAAGCGUCCGAUCUUUCAGACACCAUAUACUGUGGCGUUCGCGGUGCGAUUCUCGAGAUGAAUCUCCAUCUCACGGAGGACACGGUGAAUAACCAUAACCAACGAACUACUCCAACGGAUUGGAGCAUGGGAAGACCCGGAGGCAAAAUCUCACUGAUCGAGACAGGCGUGAGCCUCACCCAGACGAAAGAAUGGUCUCUCGAUAACCGCGGUGUUCCUGACCUCGUCGUUCAGCAGCCUCGCCCCCGAAGACGAAUAGAAUUAUCAGAUGAGGAAAAGAGGCACCGUCUGGACUAUGCGUUUCAUAGACCGUAG